AUGACAACUUGGCCAGACCGUGGCCUCCCGAUGAGCGGUCGGCAUGUCCUGCGAGUUAUACGUCAAGUUAGUGGCGAUAAACUGGACAACGGUCCCAUUGUGAUGCAUUGUUCCGCAGGAAUUGGCCGAACUGGCACAAUUAUUCUGAUCGAUGUCAUUCUCAGACGACUAUUCAGUCGUAAGGAAAUUGAUCUGGUGGACCUUUUUAAGAAAUUACGCAAUCAACGAGCAUCAUGCAUUCAAUUAGAAGGACAGUACGUGUUCGUUAUACUCAGUAUACUUGAUUACAUAAAGGUCAGUGGCCAUCCGGACAAUCAGAAGAAUAACGGCGCAACCAUUUAA